AUGCCCCGUCGUACUUCAACUCCCGCGACACCCGCUCCCACUGGCCCAUCGGUCGUCUUACCCCAUGAUCUUGUCGAACUUGCUCAGUCAAAUCCCACUUGGGCCGCCAACAUUCAGGAGCUCAGACGACAGUGGAAAUGGGCCGCAUUCAGCCAGUUCUUCUAUACUUUCGCUCCGUUACUGGUCGCGGCAGAUGUUUCCCUGAUGGACGUUGAAGACGACCUUGCGCGAGGAACUAUGCUAUAUAUCCCUCGACUAAUGCAGAGGCUGCUAUAUACUCUGACCCAAGACCGGAAAAUAUCUGUUGCAAAUUGGCAGACAGCGUUGCGCAAGCAGUACAUGAGACGUGACCCAGUUGCGAAUCCAAUUGGUCCAGAACCCAAACAACCCUCUCGUGAGUCUUCUAGAGAACCAUCGACCAUCCCGGAGGACAGGGACGCGGAAGGCAGCAUUGUCGAGGAUGUCGGAGAAUCUGCGCCGGGGGAACCUGCCGGCAGUCCAUCUGAAAACGGAUUGGGGGAGCAGCAAAAUGCAGAAGGAAAAGGUCUAGUCAACGGAAACAUCUCGAAAGAGCUUAAAUCCGAGCCCCUCGACGAUCAACACGCCGUGAGGAAAGAGGCAACGGUAGAACCUCAGCAGGACGAUGACGUAGAGGAUAGCAAGGACUGGACGGACCUCCCGAUGCUAAUCAAACUCGAUUCACUGCAUUUACUUGUUGAGUGGCAGUUCCAGAAUCCUCAUCGUCUCAGAACAAUAAUGAAGGACGAUGACGAAGGCGCACAGUGGCGAAUUGAGCCGAUUGGUUAUGACGCGAAGACAAAUGCCUAUUGGUUGAUUGGACCCGAUCGUUUGUGGAUUCAACGCGUACCACCCAGACCCCCCAAAGGGAUUAAGCGGAAACGAGCUCCUACCAAAAAGUCGACCGCCCGUGCUUCCACCAGCAAAGUUGAAGAAGAGGAGUAUGAAUCUGACGCGCAGGUGCUACCUAAACGGCAGCGUGCUCAGCGGCCUACCACACGGCCUCGAGCGGCGCGUAGCCGAAACAAAAAGUCCUCUGGUACAACAGCAAUUGAGGAGACUCCAAGCAAUAGGAGUACUCGAGCAGCUAAGCUUCAGGCCAACAAGAAGCUAGACGUUCAGGCGAAAGAAUUGGCAGAAUUUCAACGCCAAGCCGCUAAGCUUGCAGCAAGUAGUAAGUCAAACUCCCGCUCAGCUAAACACAGCAAAGGCCAAAGUGCGGGACAAUCGUCGCCCGGUAAGUCUCCGCGGGGCGCUACAUUCGGCACGAGAGCUAGUGCCAGACUUCGAGGACCUGCGACCAAGGAAGAUGACGAAUGGCAGAAAAUUCCUGAGGAAUGGCUUGUGCAGUCCGGUACUACUCUCAACGCGCAAUCUUCUGCAAAGAAGAAAGGAAAAGCGCGAGCAAAAGAUGCGGAGGAGUCCACCGAAGAAUCUAGUGACGACCCUAUGCCGGCUGCUCGGGAAUACAAGACCGGAUUAGAAAGCGACAGUGAACUCACUGAGCUCUCUGAUGAUCCAGAGAGCCAAAGUAGUCGCAGAAAUUCUCCCGCUGUGUCGGUUGCCGAACAGCUUGAACCUAUACAACCUGAAGAACCUGUCACAAAGAUUCGACAGACACGAUCCCGGAAACGUGCACCGCCACCUAAAAAAGAUACCCCUGUAGAGGAUGUUGGUAGACAAGAAGAGAACGCUAGUGAGGAACAGGAACAGUAUGCAGAUGAUAACUCUCGGAUACCCGAUGAUUUCGUAGAAUGGGAAGCAAUUUGUGUAACCUUGUCUGAAUGGGAACACAUAGCGGAGCGUUUCGAUAAAGCAACGCACUAUCUGGAGAAAGCGCUGUACAAAAUGCUUACGCAGCACGUUGUGCCUGCGGUGACUGCAGAGCUGAAGGAAGCGGGACGGAAGCGGAAGCUGGAAGAUGCGAUCGUUCACCGAAAGCGUUCCUCCCGUAUUGCUAUCAAAGAGAGCGAGAAGGAAGAAGCGAAGCUGCUUGCGAAGAAGAAAGCUGAGGAAGAUGAAAAAAUGGCUCGUGUGAAGCGUAUGGAGGCGCGUGCGAUGAGGGAGGAGGCGGAGAGGGAGAAGAGAGAGCAUGCACGAGAGCAGAGGCGGAUGGAGCGUGAAGAGCGCGAGAAGCGUGCUCGUGCCAAAGAGGAACGGGAAGCACGAAGAACCCCAACCGAAGAGCGAGGGUCGACGGCAACGCCUGUUGCCCCUGGCACUCAUUCAAAUGAGUCUGUCCAGCUCAGUAGUGUGACAACACCAACAGGCGUCCAGACCCCAAACUGGAUCUUGGAUUGUGAGAUCUGCCGCAAACAUGGGCUAAAUAUGGACGAUGGUCUGCCAAUGGUUUCUUGCGGGUUGUGCAACAAGUGGCAGCACAUAAAUUGUCACAAUGUGGCUGACCAGCGCGCAGGCCGACCCAGAAGAAACUGGGAUAUCGGCCAAUUCUACUGCCAAAAUUGUCGUACCAAGCAUGCAAACCGGAUGUCAUAUGUUCCUACCAAUCAUCAGCGUUAUCCCCCAACCCAGCAAUAUUCGACCUGGAACCAACCAUCUCUUGACCCAGCGCUGCAUCCACAGAAGAACGGGUCUACAUCAUACUCUCGUGAUCCUUACUCACAAUCUACCUCAGAUAUUAGGUUCGUCUCGGGCCAGAAUGGUGCUGAUUUCAAUCAAGAAGUCGCGUAUGCUCGUACCCAGACACCACAUCAGCCUCCAUACACUCGUACUCAUGGAGGUCUUACAUUCUCUCACUAUCAACCAGAGCAGCGGUCCUUCUUGACUACUCGGAGCGCAUUGCCGCAGCGUGUGGCGGCUCAGCACGGCCCGUGGAAUAACGGAUAUCCUCCUGCUGAAGAAUUAAAUGUCAGGACGCCGCAGCCCGCUCAGUAUUCAUCCCAGUUCAGUCACGGCGAAGGUUCCUAUCCUAGCGGUAGCGGCAGCGGAGUGCCGUAUCAGGGCACUCCCCCCGCUACCCAACGCCAGUCGUAUGAUGGUGUAACACAAGCACUCGUGGCACCUAUACCUACACCUAGCGGUGGCCAGUGGGCAGGGAGUUCGAACGGUUAUUUCUCUGCCAAUGACAGCGCCGUGCGAUCUGCUGCCGAGUCGCUGGCUUACUUGCAGGGUAGCGCCAACGGCCAUCAUCCCGGCUGGCAGCAUUCGGUGAAUUCUCCGCCUCAGGUCAACGGUGGGAUGUAUGCGGACCGCGGUCAUUCUGUGCCUACACGCUCCGAUCACACCAUGGGUAGUGUCCCCCAGUAUCAGUACCCUUCAUAA